AUGGCCACCAUACAAAACUUUAGCGGCCUUCAGUACCCUAACUCGAAGGACCCUCUCCUUCAGCAGGCCUGGCGCAACAAUAACUACCAAUACGCCACCUCCACUCAUCAAAUUGACCAUGAUAUGCAUCCCGGACUGAUUCUCCAACCGAAGAAUGAACAAGACAUCAUCACUGCUGUUCGGUACGCAGAGGAGAAGAAACUAGCCAUUGCCAUUGCAAGCGGUGGCCACCAGUACAGUGGAGCAUGCUCUACCUCCGGCUCAAACAUCCUUCUCGACCUCAAGAAGACUUUCCUGGACCCGAAGAACGACUUGCGCAUCUUGCAUAGGGAAGAGGUCCAGCAGAUGGUGCAGCGUGUGAUCAAGGACCCAGAAAUCCAGCAGACGAAGAACGACAAGACCUUCGUCAAUGCGAGCGUCAGUUGGAACUUGGGAUCGUUCAAUGGCUUCCUGAAGCAAAACAAGUUGUUCGUUCCGCACGGCCAAUGCACCGAUGUGCGUGUCGGCGGACACGCUCAGACUGGCGGGUAUGGCCAGCUCGGUAGGAGCUUCGGGCUGUUUGGUGAUCAUAUCUGGGAGAUCAGACUGGUCGACCACAAUGCAGAGAUCAAGGUAGUCGACAAGGCGUCAGAUCCCGAGCUCUUCUGGGCAAUCUUAGGGGGCAGUCCGGGAAACUUUGGUGUCAUUACUCACUACACUAUUGAGGUACACCGUGAUUCCGAGUACGACUUCAUCGGUGCCGACGGCCCACGAGGCAUCAAAGCUGUCUGGUGGUACAACCAAUCAACCGUCGAAGCCCUCCUCGACAAAGUCGCCGAAAUGGCCGACACCCCCGACUUCCCACGCAACUACGACCUCUGCGUCAGCGUCCUAAGCUCCGACUUCCCCCUCCUCCACCUCGUCCCCGAGCUCGACGGCAUCAUGAAGCGCGACCACCCGGACAUCUUCGGCUACGACGGCAUGCCGUCCUGGCCACCCUGCAUCAUCCUCUACGCGCAAUGGGCGCCGCUCGCGGAGAAUGACCGCUAUGACCCGAAAUGGUUCGCCGACUUGGCGAAUGCCGGGAAAUGGCGACUGCACAUCGAUGAGUUCGGCAAGGACACGCCGAAGCGCAUGUCGGAGAUGACGGGCGAGUGGAUUUUCAGGGACAUCAGGGAGUUCGACCAUCCGUAUGAGAAGAGGUCGUACUUGACCAACAGCACUACUUUAGGACGGGAUGGCUGGGUGAAGCAAGUCUCCGACCGCAUUGACGAGAUUCUCCGCCCGUCGUUCAAGGAGGAGUUCUUGCAGUGCUGGCUUUCGUGUCAAAUUCAGUGUUUUGGUGGGGAAAAGUCGAUGUUCUGCCGGAACGCGGAUAACGGGACGAGCUACAGUUGGCGCGACUCGACGGUGUGCUGCGUGCUGGAUUGUUUUGUGGAGUCGUCGUAUAAGCACGUGGCGGAGAAGUGGCAGGAGGAAAAUGAUAGGGUUAUGAAUGGGCCGCAGGGGUGUUUUAGCAGGCAGGAUCGAAGAGUGCUUUGGGGUUCAUACGGGGAGUUUGAUCUUCACAAGGCUAGGAGGUAUUAUUAUGAAGAUGACGCGAAGUAUGAGAGGCUGCAGAAGGUAAGGGCGAGGGCGGAUCCGGACGGGACGUUUACGGCGAAUACAUUUGCUGUGAGGCGGGCCGGCACUUGA